AUGCGGGAGUUAACCGUGGAAGGAUAUGAGGCGAUUCGGAAGGAACUUGCGUCGGUAAACGGGAAAGCCUUCGUUCUUUUUACAGGAUCAAAAGUAGAUGGGAAAAGUUGGUGUCCAGACUGUGUUGCUGCAGAACCUGUGAUCGAGUCGAUUGUAAACAGUGCUGAGGCAAAGUCGUUAGAUGCCACAUUCAUCACCUGUCACGUAGGACCCAGAGAAUACUGGAAAGAUCCGGCGUGCCCAUUUCGCACAGACAAGGAUUUCAAACUUACCUGCGUUCCAACACUUAUAGAAAUUGGCAAAAAGCAUAAACGAUUGUUGGAUAAUCAAGCCAAAAAUGCAAACUUAGUCAAGGAUUUCUUCUUUGAAGAUAAGUAA